ACGUCCUUUCCGUUUUUAUCCAGUGCUCGGCAAGCACGCGUAUUGCUAACGGGCCUUUCUACGGUUUAUUAAAAAGCGUAGAUAUCUAUCUAUAGAUAUAGAUAUAUAUUGAUAUAUAUAUCUAUAGAUAGGUAGAUAUAUCUAUCUAUAUAUAUAGAUCUCUAUAUAUAUAGAUAUAUAUAGAGAUCGAGAGAUAAUGAAACCAAUACUUUUACAGGGCCACGAACGGUCCAUCACGCAGAUUAAAUAUAAUCGUGAGGGAGACUUGUUGUUCUCUGUGGCCAAGGACCAGUUUGUAAACGUGUGGUACUCUGUCAAUGGAGAGAGGCUGGGCACUUACAAUGGACACACCGGCGCUGUCUGGUGUGUGGACGUUGACUGGGAUACAAAGCAUGUAUUGACUGGAUCUGCUGAUAAUAGCUGCCGGCUCUGGGACUGUGAGACAGGUAAACAAUUAGCUGUACUCGACACCAAUUCAGCAGUGAGAACAUGUGGCUUUGACUUCAGCGGAAACAUCAUCAUGUUCUCCACCGACAAACAGAUGGGCUACCAGUGCUAUCUUAAUUUUUUUGAUCUGCGAGAUCCACAACAGAUUGAGGACAACCAGCCAUAUCUCUCUGUGCCAUGCAGUGAGUCAAAGAUCACGAGUGCAGUGUGGGGGCCACUUGGCGAGUUUGUGAUUGCUGGUCAUGAAAACGGGGAAAUCAACCAAUUCAGUGCAAAGUCUGGGGAGAUUCUGAAGAAGAUUAAGGAGCACACCAAGCAGAUCAACGACAUCCAGACUUCUCUGGACCUCACGAUGGUCAUCACUGCCUCCAAAGACAGCACUGCUAAGCUAUUUGAUUCAUCUUCACUAGAACACAUAAAAACCUUCAAGACAGAGCGUCCUGUGAACUCUGCUGCAAUCUCGCCCAUCAUGGACCAUGUGGUCGUGGGAGGAGGUCAGGAAGCCAUGGAGGUCACAACCACCUCUACUAGGAUUGGCAAAUUCGAGGCUAGGUUUUUCCAUGCAGCCUAUGAAGAGGAGUUUGGAAGGGUGAAGGGCCAUUUUGGACCGAUCAACUGUGUAGAAUUCCAUCCAGAUGGGAAAAGCUACAGUAGCGGAGGAGAAGAUGGUUAUGUCAGAAUUCAUUACUUUGAUCCUCAGUACUUUGACUUUGAACUUGAGGCCUAAAUUCACACAUGGACAUUCCCGAUUGGCUCCCCUUGUUCACCUGAACCUCUGUUAAGUCAUGAUCAUCUUUCAAAGAUGUGCCUAUGAACAUCAGGCAGUAAAUGCAAUACAAACAGUACAUGCAAAUUAUAUUCCUGUUUUGUAUUAAACAUUACAAG